GCGCCCCGGGUCGCCGCGCCGCGACCUGCAGACCCCGCCGCCGCGCCGCCCGCUCCCACGCCCCCGCCACCCCGCGCGCGGCGACUCGGCCGGCGCCCGGCCCGCCCCGCCCCGCCCCGCGCGCUCGCGGCCCCCCGGGGCGGCCGCCGGGAGAGAUGCUGCAAGAAACUUCUUAAAUGACCGCGUCCGGCUGGCCGUGGAGCGUUUCUGGGUUGGGGAGAGGAAAGGAAAGUGGAAAAAAAACUGAGAACUUCCUGAUCUCUCUCGCUGUGAGACAUGUCUGAGACUCCUGCUCAGUGUAGCAUUAAGCAGGAACGAAUUUCAUACACACCCCCCGAGAGCCCGGUGCCCAGUUACGCUUCCUCGACGCCGCUUCAUGUGCCAGUGCCCAGAGCGCUCAGGAUGGAGGAAGACUCGAUCCGCCUGCCCGCGCACCUGCGCUUGCAGCCCAUGUUCUGGAGCAGAGAUGACGUAGCCCAGUGGCUCAAGUGGGCUGAAAACGAGUUUUCUCUAAGGCCGAUUGACAGCAACACGUUUGAGAUGAACGGCAAGGCUCUCCUACUUCUGACCAAAGAGGACUUUCGCUACCGGUCUCCUCAUUCAGGUGAUGUGCUCUAUGAACUCCUUCAGCAUAUUCUGAAGCAGAGGAAACCUCGGAUUCUUUUCUCACCGUUCUUCCACCCCGGAAACUCGAUACACACACAGCAGGAAGUCAUCCUUCACCAGAACCAUGAAGAAGAUAACGGUGUCCAGAGGACCUCGAGGCCGUCGGCCGAGAACGUACACCAGAACCCUCCCACCAUUGAACUGUUGCACCGUUCCAGGUCGCCCAUCACAACAAACCACCGGCCUUCUCCCGACCCCGAGCAGCGGCCCCUACGGUCCCCCCUGGACAACAUGAUCCGCCGCCUCUCCCCAGCCGAGAGGGCCCAGGGACCGAGGCUCCACCAGGAGAACAACCACCAGGAGCCCUACCCGCUGUCAGUGUCUCCCAUGGAGAACAACCACUGCCCACCGUCAUCCGAGCCCCACCCGAGGCCCUCCAGCCCCCGGCAGGAGGGCACGCGGGUCAUCCAGCUGAUGCCCAGCCCGAUCAUGCACCCUCUGAUCCUAAACCCCCGACACUCCGUGGAUUUCAAGCAGCCGCGGCUCUCCGAAGACGGGCUGCACCGGGAAGGGAAGCCCAUCAACCUCUCGCAUCGGGAGGACCUGGCCUACAUGAACCACAUCAUGGUCUCCGUCUCACCGCCCGAGGAGCAUGCUGUGCCCAUUGGGAGGAUAGCAGACUGUAGACUGCUUUGGGAUUACGUCUAUCAAUUGCUUUCUGACAGCCGGUACGAAAACUUCAUCCGAUGGGAGGACAAAGAAUCCAAAAUAUUCCGGAUAGUGGAUCCCAAUGGACUGGCUCGACUGUGGGGAAACCAUAAGAACAGAACAAACAUGACCUAUGAGAAAAUGUCCAGAGCCCUGCGCCACUACUACAAACUAAACAUUAUCAGGAAGGAGCCGGGACAAAGGCUUUUGUUCAGGUUUAUGAAGACCCCAGAUGAAAUCAUGAGUGGCCGAACAGACCGUCUGGAGCACCUUGAGUCCCAGGAGCUGGAUGAACAAAUAUACCAAGAAGACGAGUGUUGAAGGAAGUGGUUCCCAGCUUAGUGGGCCAGCAGCCAAGGGCACCCUCCUCCCCAGGAUGGAUGGGGCAAGAUGAAGCAGAAAAGAAGAGACAUGGAUGUGGCAGUAACGCUCCUCUCGCCCAGCGCGAGGGACCCCGCGGAGCACCUUAGACAAACCACUCAGCAACGGCGGCGCUGGAAUUCUGGCCGAGGGCACCAGCCUGGGACUCGCGUCCGUGGUUCCUUCUCGAUCGGAAUCUCUUGUCUGUGAUUCCUCCCCUCCCCCUCCACCUAUUGUUAGUUUCAUGGUGUUUUUGUUCUUUUUUUAAAAAAGACCAUGCAGUUUGACUUUUCAUCAUUCAUAUAGGGGAAGACAUCCGAGGCUGUUUUCCUAUGGAAAUGCAUAUCUAUUAUAUAUAUAUAUAUUUUUUGCAAAUCUCACAAAGUGCAGAAGCCCAGCUGGUCAGGAGAGAGUAUUUGCAAAAGGGUUCAGGUUCCUCUUGACCCUGCCAUGUGGAUCAGGUUUGUUCCCAUUGCUGUUGGGUCUUGGCUGGAAAACAGAAAAAAAAAAAAAAAAAAGAUGCUCUUACAAAAGAUAAAGUGAAAAAGGAGAGCUCUCUUCUUCUCUCUCUGGCUCCCUUUCCUUCCUGGUCCCCGCUCUGUCCUCCCUCCUCACUGGCUGUUGAACUUCAGAUGCCCUUUCAGCAGAGUUCAGCCUCUUGAAGAGUCUUGGGAAUUUUCAGCACCUGUACAUUGGAAUGUGUGGUCUGGGUGCUUUGCAGCUGGCACCACAAAAAUCAAGCCAGCAUCCCAGCAUCUGGCUCCCUGCUGGAGAGGCCCCAGAGAUGCUGCAGUCCUCUGGAAAGAUACAUGUGAGUCCAGCAGUCCCAAUGGGCUGUGAGGACCGUGAGGCUUGGUGGUUCCCCGGAGCAUAAGGCUGUCCAGAUUAUCUGGAAGCCCCAGCUUCAUGAGAUUAGUUUGAAAGUGCUGCAGAGCGAAAAAAGAAAAAGACAGCACAAGCCUUAUGGUCCAGAAACUAGAUGACAAGUCUUUGGUGGUGGUGUGGAUUAUCCCAGAGCAGGUUACAGAGGGUCUUCUCUGCUCUAUCCCAAAGGCCAUCUUGCAGUCAGUUUCAUAUCCUCACUUAAUUUUUUUCUGCCCUCAAUUCCUAGCAUUUUUUUUUUAAAGUUUCCUGGUCCCUGCGGGACACAGGGCAUUUGAGAGGGAGGAUCCAGGAGUGUGUCGUCUCAGUUGUCAGCGGUGUUUGCCAAGCCUGGGCAGACGGGAAAUUCCUUAGAUUCCACACUUUUUCCCUUUUUCCUUCUUCCCUUGCUGUGUUUCAAAAUGGACUCGUGCGUGGCUCUUUUUCACCUCAAAGUAAGAUCAGUCACAUCUUAUGAGGAAGGUGCCACCUCUUAGUACUUUUGAUGAUAACAGAUAUUUUUAGAAAGCUCUUGUUAGAUCUUUUUUUUUCCUUUUCUAGCCACUUAAAUCAACUCUUCCAAUACAGGCUCGGAAUCCAAUAUUAGGAGCACGGUCUUUUUUUACUGGGAAAG